AUGAGAUUAGGAAACGGAAAACCUGUUGACGAAGAGGUUGUUAGUAUGUUGAUUAUGAUGCUGGAUAGAAUUAACGAAUUGGCAAAAGUUUUUAGAAAAGCAAGGGAUAGAUAUGAAGAUGGACAGAGCAGUGAAUUUAAUAUCAGAUUGGUUGGCCAAGCAAAGAAAGGAAAACAGUAUGACUUACCUACUGUAGAUGAGAUUGCCGGCUAUCAUGACCAAAUUCCAUACAACUCAACAGUAGAAAGCCAAGUAAGGAGGUCAUUUAUGACAAUGAGGGAAUAUUAUGCUUACCAGAUUCAGACUCGAUUAACGGAUGGCAUGACUAUUACUAAGGGAGGAAGAUUAUUUCAUCAAUACAUUGUUGAUGCCUACACAACCAUAGAGCAAGAGAGACUGCGUUUUAUAGCUCUUAACCAAAAAAAAUUAAGAGCUGAUUUGUAUAACAAUGUCUACGAUGCUGUAGAGAGUGGAGAAGCAGAUGCAAAAAGAAUUGGGAAAAGAAUAAUAUUACCAUCAAGCUUCUUAGCAGGUCCACAAUAUAUGGUAGAGAAGUACCAUGAUGCUAUGGCUAUAUGUAGAUGGUUUGGUAACCCAGAUUUAUUUAUCACAUUCACAUCAAAUCCAAAUUGGCCAGAGUUGACAGAACAUCUACAAACAUAUACUACAGAAGGCUCAAACACAAGGCCUGACCUUCAAUCAAGAGUCUUCAAGAUGAAGUUGGACGAGAUGGUUGCCGAUUUUAGCAAAGGAGUCUUCUUCCUUGUUCCUGUAGCAGUGGUGUACACAAUAGAGUUCCAAAAAAGAGGCCUCCCACAUGCACACAUCCUACUUUGGUUAGAAGGUGCAAGCAAAAAUCCAGAACCAGCUGUGAUAGACAGAUUCAUAUCGGUUGAAUUACCAGAUAAGGAAACAGACCCAGAAGGGUUUCAACUGGUAGAGCAACAUAUGUUGCAUGGCCUUUGUGGGCUAGAUAGACCGUACUCACCAUGUAUGGAAAAUGGUGUAUGCAGUAAAAAGUUCCCACGACAAUUUGAAGAGAAUAUAACCAUUGACAAAUCUGGUUAUGUUGUGUACCAGCGACGCAACGAUGAAUCCAAAUGUGUCUUCAAAGGUGUUAGUAGAUUAGAUAAUCAACAUGUUGUACCACACAACCUCCAUCUGUUGAAAAAAUAUAAGGCACAUAUCAAUGUCGAAUGGUGUUGCAAGACUAGCGCUGUCAAAUAUCUAUUCAAGUAUAUCACAAAAGGUGUGGACAAAGCUACAUUUGUGAUUGUGAGGCCAAGAAAAAGCAAACAAAAACAGGGGUCUAAGAAGGAAGAACCUGAAGCUGUGGAUGAAAUAAGUGAGUACCUUGAUUGCCGCUAUGUGUCUGCUUGCGAAGCAGUAUGGAGAAUAUUUGCAUUCCACAUCCAUUAUCACAAGCCAGCAGUGAUUAGCCUACAAAUACAUCUGAGAAAUCAACACAGACUGCUUUUUGACCAGAAGCAAUGUUUAGAAAGUAUUCUUUCAAGAGAAGAUGUAGAGAAGACAAUGCUCACCGAAUGGAUGGCCACAAACGAGAAAGAGAAACAGUCACCUAACGAAGGCAACAAUUCAGAAAAGAAGGCAUUUGAACUUACAUAUGUUGAAUUCCCUAAAUAUUAUGUUUGGAACACUACAAAGAACUGGACAAGAAGGAAACAAGGUUUCACAAUUGGUAGGAUAGUCCAUAUCCACCCAUCUGCUGGGGAUUUGUUUUAUUUCAGAAUAUUGUUGAAUAUUGUCAAAGGUGCUACAUCUUUUGACGACAUUAAGACAGUGGGUGGAGUAAUAUAUGGAACAUAUAAAGAAGCAUGCUACGUCAGAGGUCUACUGGACGAUGACAAAGAAUGGCACGUUGUACUAAAGAGGCAUCUCAAUGGGCAACAGGUUAUCAAUUACGCUAUCUAUUUGUCACGCUACUGCUCUAUUGUGAAGUGGCUAGGCCACGAGAUCUAUGGAACAAAAACUGGAGAUACUUAG